AUGGAUAAUUCAACGUCUAAUUACCCACCGCCGCCACCACCCUCGACCCCUCCUCUAGCUCCCAAUAUGUCGUUCAUCAGUGGAACUACAAUUGAAAAUACGCCACCGGGACUCCCGCAACCGCAAUUGACGAGUUCUAUGUUUAUUGAUCCGGCUUUGAAGGAAUCGAGUAAUGCGACGGGGGUUGAUGCUAGUAAUGUUGACACGGGAAGUGAGGGUGUUGAAGCUGGCGGUGUUGUUGGUUACGUGCCUUCCAGUCCGCCUGAACGACCAUUUCUGGAGGUCGGCUUGGAAGACACUACGGUCAUUGAUGGGUCUAGUCCACAAGCCGUGGGAGAAAGAGAUGUGGGAGUUGAUGUCAGUAUGUGUGAGAGCAGAAUUGACGAGAGGGAGUUGCCUGCGUUGAGGAGCGCGGAUUCGAUACUCAGAAAGGACUUUGAUAUGUCGUUUCAAAGAGAUUCCGCUGAACUUCACGCGCAUGGUGGAGGGGAUACGACCGAAGAUGAUAUACCGCCAGAAUCCGAGGAUAAUGAAACUCAAGAAACGCUCGACGUGGGCUCCUCUCUUAUCAGGGAGAACGAGGACUUAUCCAUGAUCAUACUUGGGUAUGAGCAGAAUCCCUCGGUUGUUGAGGUGGUGCUGUCUUCGGAUGUUGGGUCUGAGCCGGAGGAGAAGAAGAAUAGCGAUUCUUCUGAGGUGAGGAGGAAUGAGGAGUUUUCGAAGAUUGAUGUUGAUCAUCAGCAUGACCGACCAGAGGCAUCGAUGCUGCCUACUUCAGAUGCAGACCCGAAGUCGGAGAACAAGAGAUCCGAUCCUGCCUCUUUAGUUGACGGAGAAAGAGGGAGUCUUGGAGACGCGUUACCGGAUGAUUGUUGGGCUGCUGGUGGAGACGAGGAAGAGCCAGACACUCAGCCAUUGCCCACUUCCUUUAAGGAAGACGAAUCCGUAACAUCUGAUCUACCGAAACUUGUGGUUGACAACGAUAAUGAACAGAAAUCAUUCAACAGAGUCGAGAUCCCUGACAGUGAAGUCAGCGAAAUCGGUACUGCCCCAGAUACAGAGACAUUAAGCAUUGAGAGCCCGAUAGUUGCGGAAGAUCCGAAGGCUACUAGCGCCAGAGAAAGUUUGGCAUUAGAUAGCAACUCUAUAAGAGCUGAGAGCGUCACUGGUGCUUCUGACACUAAUGACAAUGCGACGUCAAAUGUUAUCAUCGGCUCAGCUCCAUCUGUUGAGAAGGCCGCUAUCUCGCUCGCAGCCGAAGCUGCCUCUCCAAAGGAGAAGUCUCCAUCAAUUUCCGAGGUUGAAUCUGUUCAAGCUGAUAGAUGUGUCAACGCUUCGCUUAAGUCACAGACUGAGGAGAUUCAUGUUUUGGUGAAACAAACACCACUUGGAACCGCACCCAUUGCUGCCUCUCCAGAAGUUCCAGACACCCUAGUUGACAAAUCCAGCGCAUAUCGAGUCGAAGAGACUCACCAGGGGAAAGAAAAAUCUACUGAGAAGGGUGCGGAAGACUUAGAAGUGAAAGAGACAGCUAUUGAAGGGGGUGUUCAUGACAAUACCCACCACGAAGCUUCUACGUCUACUACAGGCUUCGCAAGCCAUGUUGACAAUAUUAAGAACACCAUUGAGCCUUGCGCCAAUGACAAAGGGACCAAAAGAAAAGCGUCAGUAGGCUCGACCAAAGUGAAGGAGAUUCCAGACUCCACUGAAACUGCAUCCUCAUUGAAGCAGUCUUCGGAUAUCGGUAACGGCCGAAGGCUUGAAAACACGCCCUCAAAGACUCAAACCAUCGAAGUUGAUGAUACCGCGAAGGUAGACGCCCCAACAAAAGGAGGUAUUGAAAUACCCGAAAGCCCUGUUGUUCCAGCGCCGUCUUCGUCCUCGAGCAGCUUUCAGCAGCCAAGCACGGUUGCCGAUAUACCUCCCACCGCCCCAGCUUCGCCUGUCGUCACUCGAAAAAGAAGUUCACGGCCGCGUGAAAACAAUAUGGGCACACCAUCGAAAGAAGAUACAACUCGAUUAUCGCCUACUAAAGCUAGCCAGAGCUUCGGCACACCCCCGCCCAAGAAGAAACAGAAGAGUGGCUCGGCGAAUGUUGGUCAGGAUGAGACGAAUGAAGAAGCUGAGGAGAACGAUGUGGUCAAAAGCAAGGAUGACAUUCUUAUGGAUGAAUUGAAAGCUAUAAAAGUCGCUUCUAUACAAGCUCGGAAUUCAAGCCUUGAAACAGAGAUUGCGAAAGUGAGAGCGCAGCUUGAAAAGGUUACUGCGGAGCUAGAACAACCAGCUGCUGAGACUGUGAAAACACACAUCCAUCUGCUUCAUCAAUACAAUGAUAUUCGUGAUAUUGGACAGGGUCUUAUUGGCAUGAUUGCCGAUAAUAGAGGUGUCAGGAUUGGAGAAUUAUAUGAAGAAUUUGGCGUUGGUUUGCAGGAUUAA